AUGAUUCAAGUUGUGAAGAGGGUCGUAUGGCUUAUCCCGUCGCUAACGUUUGAUUACUCGCCAGCGGGUCUUACGGCAGUUUCACCGCAGUUAACUAUCAACAUGGAUGGAGCUGAUAUUGUUACCGCUAUUGUAUGGACCUGGACCGCAGCAUCGUUUCUGUUCUACCUUCCGUACGAGUUCAAUUUUGCGCAGGUUUUUGACGAGUUCAUCAACUGUAUCAAGUGGAUCAAAUUAGUGCAUGGACUGAAGUCAACACCAUUUAGACCUGGUGGUCCAUUACCAGCCGACUUCCGCUUAGUGUUCAAGCAGAGGGCGUGGUACGCUGGGGGAGGCUUUGUUGAAUAUUUAGGAGCUCGAAUGGAGCGGGAGACCGAGUUCUUUGAGAACGAUUGGGAUGGUCGACUGGAGCUCAAGAGACGAGGAUUUUUGAGAAUUAGUUCACUCGGUGGACUGCAGUUUUCUACACUGUGGGGGCGAGCGGUUGAGCUUGACAUGGGAGAGUGGUCCGUAAAUUUCAAGGAUUAUCCCAUCCCAUACUUGCUUGCAAGGAUAUGCAUUUCUUCGGUCUUCUUGUGGGCGCUGAAGAGAUUGAAGAAAGCGCGGGAUUCUUCUGCGAGGUAUGGACCGUGCUGGGAGCCGCUGAUUUGUCAUGAUCAGUCUAUGUGGAAUAAUAUAAGUGCUCCGUCGAAAGAUCCAUCAGUACCGCUGCCUUUCUGGGAUAAAAUGCGCUUCCUACUUCAUGGGCGCUACUCGUGCGUUACGGACGAUGUUAGCAUCCAUGAUCUUAUAACCAGCAGAAUGUGGAGUUGUGCUGGGGACGACUUUGGGCUCGAGCUGGGCGCGGGUGAAAUACGCAUUCGAUCCGGUUUACGGGUAUUCAUGCGCACAGCAUCUCGGUACGAUGACUCUCGCAUCCUCUUCUUGCCCGAUCUUCGACUUCGUGUAGUAUUAGACUGGAUUUGCACUGGUGAUCCUCAUGAUCAUCAUGCAGUGACGCUCUGUGCGCCACAUCGUUUGCCACAUUCUUUCCUGGAUCACGAUUCGUUCCGUGCUUUUCGGUCUUCCUCACUCGAUCUGUCGUUCUCUUUUGACGUGGCCGCCGGUGCUGAAAAUGGUGAAACUGGAGAUCGUAUCCCACACGUUCUUCUCUAUGCAAAUACAUUUCGUUGCAUCGAAUUUCUUCUCAAUACGUUGACAAUGAAAAAUCGAAAUGUACGAAAGGGUCGGCUAUUUGGAACUCCGCCCUACCCCAAACCGCAACUCGGAAAGCAUUUUCGGUAA